AAUUAUUAGUUGUAAGCUUUCCUCAUUUUUAUUAGUUUUCUCGUUUUAAUGUUUUUAAAGCUGUCGCACCGAUAAUAGAUAUGAUCGCAAAGGACUGGAUGAAGGCAAGAAAAUCUCAGGAGAAGAUGAUGAUGAUCGCGAGAGCACAAACCGCACGCAUGAUUAUCACAUUUGGAUACGGCUUCAUGGUAUCGGGUUGGAUUGUCACAGUUAUUUUACCAAUGCUUGGAUAUUCGGUGAGAUAUUUGACGAAUAUCACCGAUCCGGGAAGACCGUUGCCAGUACAGACAUAUUACAUUUACGACGUGACCAAAAGUCCGCAAUACGAGAUAACAUUCACUUUUCAAGCCAUCGCCAUGUUUCUGUGCAUCAUGCCUUAUACAGGCAUAGAUAAUUUCCUUAGCCUCCUAAUAUUCCAUAUUUCUGGUCAACUGGACAUUGUGAAUAAACGUCUCAUGCGUCUGAAUAAUAUCGCGAAUUAUGACAUUCUAAGAAGUUGCGUGAUGGAUCAUACGCGGCUACUUAGGUACAUUUUUUUAAAUAUGUUAGUCAUAUUCUUAUAGGAAAAGAUAUGAACAUUCAAAUAUAAUA